AAAAUUGUAAACACCAAAGCGAAAGUACAAGCGUUACGCUGCACAUUUGACUUGUUUAGUAGUGUAAUGACUAUUUUGAGAUUAUACUCUGGACUAGUGAGUGGAAUAUAGACCUAUAAUUUUCUUUUGGUUUUAGAUAUAUAAUUAUUGGUUGAAAAGGUGACUCGGUCAUGGCAGAAUCAAACUAUACUAAAGAAUUGCAACUUCAGACAAUAAGACAGAAACUUAACGCUGACAAAAUAAAACUGUGGCUCCCGCCUUACACAGCAGCAGACAGUAACCAAGGCAAUAUUCCUGAGGACUUGUGUGAGAAAUACUCCAAUGAUUUGCAAAUUCCUAUCACUGAAAUCAGGGAAGUACUGGAGCACUUACGACAACAUGCUUUGCAAAAACUGGCCGAGAGAGAACAGUUUCAAAAGACUGGAAAGGCACAAUUAAAAGUUAAAGCAUCAGGCUUAAAAGAAAAUAAGGAAAGAUUUUCAGUAUGUGAGACAGUUGAAAUACCACUGACACAAUCUGGUAAUGAUCUGAGACUGGUGUUAGCAGAGAGAUUAGGCCUCCCAGCUCAUCAUCUGAAAAUCAUCUGUCAUGGACAAGUAAUCAGUAUGACAAAGCAACUGCAAGAACAGAAUGUCAAGCAUGGAUCUCAGAUGAUGUGUCUUUGUCUGUCUGUAUCAGAGGCUGAGGCAGCACAGAAAGAAGAUCAACUUAUGCAGAUGAUGCGCACACGUCAGGCAGCAGAGCUUUUGUCUAGCAAAGUGGAGAAAGAUGAUUAUGAUGUAAACAUCCAGAUAGCAGACCAGUCUGGGAGGCCAUUGCAGCUACCUCCAGAGGAAAAGAAGGCACUCACUCUUGCUAUGACACUGCAUGAGAAAGGAAGGGUGGCUGUAAAGAAUAGAGAAAUGAAUAAAGCCUUGCUUCUUUUCUUAGAGGCUGAUAAGGAAUUCAGGAAAUGUAGAGCAGAUAUUCUAAAUGCUGUGGAUAACUAUGCUGUUCUGUGUUUGGACAUUGUCUGGUGUUAUCUGUGUUUACAAAAUGUAGAAGAACUUCCUGAUGCAGACGAGCGACUCAAAUCAAGUGAAGAAUGCUUUAUCAGGAGUUAUGGGGCUAAUCUUGAAAGAGUGGCUGCAGUCAAGGGAGAAUCAGGAACACAGUUGGCCCUGUACAUGAAGCUCCAUCUCUUACAAGGCAUUGUGGCUUUCCAUCAUCACAGAAUAGCAGAGGCUCAUUCACACCUGAGAAAGGCUGAAGAGGAACUGAAAAGACUACAAGUUGAUGAAAACAAACUAUCACAAGUAAUGAUAAUGGGAUUUGGUGAGAGAGAGGGUCGCUUAGGACUAAGAGCAACUGGUGGAGACGUGACAAAAGCAAUACAACACAUUAUUGAGAAACGGAAAGAAAGGGAAGAGAUUGAAAAGAAAGUUAAAGAAGAACGUAGAAUGAAGAAAUUGCAGAAGGACUUGGGUAAAACUGCAUCUGGAGGAAGAGUGACUGUUUCACUUUAUGAGAACCUGGUAGGCAUGGGUUAUGGUAAAGGUGCUGCAGCAGCUGCUCUUCGACAGACCAAUAAUGAUCUGAAUCAGGCAUUAGAGGUUUUACAGUUACACCCUGAACUCCUCAAUCUUCCAGAUCCAGAGACGAAAUCCACAAAGAUCACAGAUGACAUGAUCACCCAGGUAGCAGCAAUGGGCUUUGACACUCUUAUGGCAAGCAGAGCUUUACAUCUAUUCAGUGGUGAUGUGCAGAGGGCUAUAGAGGAGUUGAUUCAAAAGGCAGGUGUGCUACCCCCAUCAUCUGAUGAGAGCUCAUCUAGUAGUUCAGAUAGUUCAGUAGGAUCUGAGGCAGGGCCUUCCCAAAUGUCGUCUUCCAAGGCCAAGGAGAAACAAGCGAUAAAGGACCUUGUGUCAGACCUUCCGGAGGAUGCAGAGGACUACCUGGACCUCACACUGCAGGAGGAGGCCCAGUACCUCGAGGAGUAUCUCGCCAAACUCAACAGUGUCAUGUCUAAGAACAAUGAUUGAAUAAAGAUCUUUAAUGUGGUAAUCACAAUUCUUGCACAGCUUUGGAUCAUUACUGAAUUGUGAAGUUGUCUACAAUUUGUGCUGUUAAUUUUCUUUCAAUGGAAAAUAGAAGUGCCUUUAAAGUUUUUGAUUCUUCAUUUGAUAUAUGCAAGUCGAAUGAUACUUACCUCUUCAGAUUUUACUGUGUUUUACAGUGUUAUUUUUAAAAUUUAUGAAAUACAUAUUUAUCCUUACAUGAUACUAAAGAAGACUUUAUACUUGUAACAAACAUUUUUCUUCAAAUUUUCACUUUUAAUCUAAUUACUUUAGUUGAUCCUAUUCAGAGUAUUAUUCUAUCAGACAUUGAAUUUGUUAUACAAUAAAUAAAUCAUUAAAUUCUUA